AUGGAAGAAGCAGAACUAAAACCUGUUGUGGGUCAGUGUUUCCAAUCACUUGAUUUUGCAAUUGCUUUUUACGAUGUGUAUGCUCGAGCAGUUGGUUUUGACACGCGCAAACAAGGAGUAAAAAAAGUAGAAGGUGUUACUAUUUGGCAGUAUAUUGUAUGUACGCGUCAAGGUAAGAAGAGGACAGAGGAGGAGGAUAUGGUGAACGCCAGACAUGGUUUCACGCUGAAAAGGAGACGUUUAUCCAACCGGUGUUGCUGCCCAACGAAGAUAUCACUUCGUUAUUUCUCCAAAGGCGGACGUCCCAGAUAUAAGAUUCAUAAGUUUGUAGAGGCACAUAACCAUACCAUGGUGGAGGUGCAACAUAAGCCAUUCAUGACUAUAAAUCGAAAGUUGACUGAAGUGCAUGAGAAAUUCAUUCUUGAUUGUUCAAGGGCUAAUAUCGGCCCCACGUUGACUUUCAAAUUCAUGAAAGAGAUGGUGUUGGACGAGAUGCGUAGGAAGAAGGAACUAUCUGAUGCAUUUACAUAUCACUAUGAAGUUAAUAGUGAAAAUCAGUUGGUAGCCUUAUUUUGGUGCGAUGGUGUCUUGAAAAGGAAUUACCACAUGUUUGGUGACAUCGUUGCUUUCGACUCGACUUAUAACACCAACAUGUACUGUAUGAUUUUUUGUCCAUUUACUGGUAAGGAUAAUCAUGGGAGACCUGUUACAUUCGCUGCUGGUCUAGUUUCGAAUGAGAAGACAGGUGCAUUUGCUUGGUUGUUUAAACAUUUUAUUGAGUGCAUGGGUGUCGCACCCAAAAUGAUAGUCAUAGACCAAGAUUUGGGCAUGCGGUCAGCUAUUGAGGAAAUUCUAGUUGGCACUAGACAUCGGUGGUGCAUGUGGCAUAUAAUGCACAAGCUUUCGGUCAAAGCUCCGAAGAGGCUCCUCACAGAUGAACAUUUCAAGAAGGAUUUCCAUGCUUGUGUGUGGUCCGAAUUACACGAACCGGAGGAGUUUGAAGAAAUGUGGGAUGCAAUUAUUGUAGAAUAUGGUCUAGAAAAUGUGGGUUGGUUCAAAACAAUGUAUCGGCAUAGGAAGUAUUGGAUACCUGCUUAUUUUCGGGAUUUUCCGCUGGGAUCGAUGAUUAGGACCACAUCUGUUUCCGAGUCUGAAAACAGUUUUUACAAAAUCUUUCUUAAGCCUCGGUUAAAUCUUGCUGAAUUCUAUUUGAGUUUCAAUAAUGCGUUGGAAUCUCAAUGUAAUUCUAAUGCAAAGCUGGACUAUGCAGAUUCUACUAUUGUGCCAAUUUUGGCCACUGACCAGCCUUUCGAAAAGCAUGCAUCCACAUUGUUUACCGACUCUAUGUUCAGGAGAGUGCAGGAAGAAAUUGUGGAGGGUUGCAACAGAUGUCGGAUUGUUGAUAAGUACUCUGAAAGCAGGUGGAUGAAGACGACAUUGGCAAAGGCUUUACAUGGAUACACGGCUGAUGUGUUUCAAAACACUGAUGCCCAAUAUGAGAAAUUGAUUUUAUCAAAUGAAUUGACCUCUAUUUUUUUCAGUUGCCUUGCUAGUUACCAGUCAAAUAUGGAUACAUUGCGCGCUUUUGUUGGUGGUAUGAGAGAUCUGAAGAGUAGUAUAGACACUUAUUCUCCACCUAUAUCUGCAGUUGAAAAAAGAAGGAUGGUUGAAGAGUUUUAUGGAAUGGUCAGACUAGAAGUUGUUGAAGUUCACCCUCCUGACGUUAUCCAAACAAAGGGGUCUUGUAGUACAAAUAGCAAGCUUAUAAUUUCAAAGAGGGAGAAGGCUAUAAAGGAGUACAACAGACCUUUGAGGAGAUGUAUGAAUUGCCUAGAGAUGGGCCAUCACGAUUCCCGGAAUUGCCCAGAAAACGCGAAUGGUAAGGGCAAGGAGAAAUGCUUAAUGUAUGUUCAUGAAGUCGAUCCAGAAUUAUGUUUUGUUUGA